CCGGACCUGCUCGGGAGCCCGAGCAGCGGUCCCCGCGCAGGCUUGGCCGCGCACUCCCGCCCUCUGCCCGCUGCCCCGGCUCCUCCCUCCUCCGGAGCUUCUCCCUGGGGCGGCCGCGCGGGAGGGAGGCCGAGAUGGCUGAUGAGAUCUCCAAGGCUCAGGCCGCCCGGCCUGGUGGCGACACGAUCUUCGGAAAGAUCAUUCGCAAGGAAAUCCCAGCCAAAAUCAUUUUUGAGGAUGACCAGUGUCUUGCUUUCCAUGACAUUUCUCCUCAAGCACCAACACAUUUUCUGGUGAUACCCAAGAAACAUAUAUCCCAGAUUUCUGUAGCAGAAGAUGAUGAUGAAAGUCUUCUUGGACAUUUAAUGAUUGUUGGCAAGAAAUGUGCUGCUGAUCUGGGCCUGAAGAAGGGUUAUCGAAUGGUGGUGAAUGAAGGUUCAGAUGGGGGACAGUCUGUCUAUCACGUUCAUCUCCAUGUUCUUGGAGGUCGGCAGAUGAAUUGGCCUCCUGGUUAAACAUGUUUUAGGGAUAAUUUUCCCUUCUCUAGGCAAUGAUCAAUAUUUGCAAGUUCCAAUAUGUUAAAUAGUAUACAUAUUUUUGCCUGUGUAUGGAGAGAUUGAGGGAAUAAUUUUAAAAGCCUAUAAAUAAUAAAAGAUAAUGUUGCAUGGUUUA